GUGGCCAAAACGCGGGUUCAACGCACGGAUCAGUCGAGCGAUGAUCGGACCAAAUGUGAACAAUGUCUGCAAACGUUUGGCUCGACUAUUAAACUCUCGAAGCAUAUCCGAAAGGCUCACAGAGAUCUAUACGAUAGACUGACCCAGAAGUUCAUCUGCACCGCCGAUGGAUGUGGUCUUCAGUUCAAGAAAUUCUGUUCAUUAUUACUCCAUAAAACGAGACAUUUCGGUGAAAAGCAAUUUAAAUGUGCGGACACUUACCCGGACUGUGAGUGGAGUUUCUAUACGGCCGGUGAGCUCAGAAACCAUCAAAUCGGCGCCCAUUCGCCGCAACAACUGUUUCAUUGCGAUUGGAUUGGAUGUAAUGAAUGCUUUAAAAUUAAGUCUGAUUUAGAUAUACACAAGACUUAUAAACACAACGACUCGGAAACCAAUUUACAAUUGUUGGACACAUCGGACGACGCGUUUAAUAACUUUGUGCCGAAUAAGACUUAUCUGAAGAUAGACUUCAAUUGCCACUAUUCGCCGAUCAAACACACGAAGACCAACAAUAUCUUGAGAUAUAUCUGUAAUUAUCGUUAUUGUGAGUUCAAAGCGGUGGCGUUGGAUCGCAUCGUGGAUCACAUCCAACGUCUUCACUACGACAAGAGUCCGAUGAAGUGCGAGGAAUGCGAUGACAUGUUUUGGACACAGAAAGAGCUCAUCAAUCAUAUUAAACCCAAUCACAGCUCUAUUUACGAUCAAACGAGUCGUGCGUUUAAAUGCAAUCAAUGUUCGCUCACUUUUGAUAAAUACUGCAAACUAACGACCCAUAGAUUAAGACAUUCGGGCGACAAGAAGUUCAAGUGUUCGGAUCAGUUCCCGGACUGUCAAUGGAGUUUCUAUACGAUAGGAGAGUUGAAGAACCAUCAACUCUGGGCUCACAGUCCGGACCUGAACUUUGUGUGCGAUUGGGCUGAUUGUGGCAAACGGCCGGGAUGCGAAUCAAAGUUUGUGAGAGAGCCGGCGCUCCGAUUACACAUCACGAGCCAUACGGGCGUCAAAGACUUUGUGUGCGAUUGGCCAGAAUGUGGUCACGCUUUCCGAUCGAAAUCAAACCUACGAAUGCACUACACGUCACACAUUAAUGAUAGACGCUUUCAGUGCGAAUGGUAUACCAUUUCAAAGCCCGGCUGUGAGUCCCGGUUCCUCAAUAAGAUACAACUCCGGCGUCACUAUCUGUGCCAUAAGAGUGUCGGUGACUUUGCCUGUCCGUGGGAUAACUGCGGCAAAAAACUCAAAUCUAAAUUUUCAUUGAAUCUGCAUUUGAUGGCACACAGGGGUGAGAAGCCGGUGAAGUGCGCGGCUCUGGACUGCGAUAUGCGGUUCACUGAGAGAAGCCAAAUGAGAAAACACUUCAAACGAAAGCACCUCAAUAUCAGAUGCAAAUAGAGUGCCCAAACGCCCCGCACAUUGUACCGCACUAUAACUCACCUGGAUGAACUAGCAUAUAAUUUUACAAUAUCAUGCAGCAUGAUUCAUGCUCGUAUGUACUGUAUUACCAUCG